AUGUCUCUCAAAUCAGUCUUGUUCCUUGCCAGCUUGGCAUUGGGCCAUGUUAUACAGCCUAGAAGCUUCUCUUGUCAAUCACCCCAGCUCACCCAGGAGCAGGUUGAGAUUGCCCAAGAGAUGUCCAUCAAGGAGAAAUCUAUGCGCAAGUCUGGUAUGACUAUCCAGGCUUCCAUCAGUGUUGAUGUCUGGCUCCACGCAGUCUCAGCUUCCGAGAGCGGUCUCAGCUCCGACUCUGCCCUCCAGAACCAGUUCAACACCCUUCAGAAAACAUUUUCGCCCUACAAUAUCAACCUCAACUACGCCGGCAAGACAAAGACUGUCAACGCCCAGUGGGCCAAUGAAGGCAACAAUCAGGAAAUACCCAUGAAGAAAGCUCUGCGCCGUGGCAACUACCAGUCUAUGAACAUCUAUAUCGUGGAUGUUCUCCCUACUGCUUCCGGGUACUGUUACUAUCCUACCAAUGCCCCCCAGGGCUCUGAUGCCUUCUAUAUUGACGGCUGCACUCUGGCCAAGUCGGCCAUGGGCCUAAUAGCCGCUCACGAGGCAGGCCAUUGGCUGGGUCUCGCGCACACUUUUGAUGGUAACAACUGUGACGGCCCUGGCGAUAAUGUCGACGAUACUCCUGCCCAGUCUGGCCCCAGCAGCGGGUGCCCUGCGAGUCGGGAUUCCUGCCCUAACCACCCUGGUACUGAUCCUAUCCAUAACUACAUGGACUACACGUCUCCUGAUUGCUGGACUGAGUUUACGCCCGGUCAAAUUGAUCGUGUCAACAGCCAAUGGAACAGAUAUCGCGCUUAA